AUGCUCAAUUCCGACCAGACCGAGACCGACCUCCAGCCCACCCAUUCGGAGACGGAGUCCGUCUUCAGCGACUGCGGGGGCGGCCGGGGCGGGGCCGCGGAAGAUGCCGGCUCUCUCGGCCUGUGUGGCCAGUCCCGAGGGGCCGAGUCCAGCGACAACGUGAAGAAGGACCUUCAGCAUCUCAGCCGGGAGGAGCGCCGGCGUCGGCGGAGAGCCACGGCCAAAUAUCGGACCGCCCACGCCACGAGGGAGCGGAUCCGGGUGGAAGCGUUCAACAUGGCCUUUGCGGAGCUACGCAAGCUUCUGCCGACCCUCCCUCCCGAUAAGAAGCUGUCCAAAAUUGAGAUUUUGCGGCUGGCUAUCUGCUACAUCUCUUACCUGAACCACGUCCUGGACGUCUGA